GUCUGCAAAAGCAGACACUAAUCGUUCAUGCAGUUCUCCCCUUUACCCAAUUAAGGCUCCACCACCUGUCCCGAAUUCGGUCUGGAAAAUGCCGUACUGGCCCAAAGCAGAGCAGACAAGGCGGGCCAUGAGUCCUCAGAGGGUACGAGCGUCGCUCUUGCUGCUGCUGAGCUGCUGCCUCCUUGCAGUCUCUGGGAGAGACAAGAGGGAGGCUGGUGGCGUGCUAGCGCCGGCCCAGGCUUCCGUGCGUGGUUCCUCUGGUCGGUUCGUCGGCCCAGAGCGGCACGCUUGUAGCUGGCAGCUCCUGCAGCCCGCGCCAGAGCCCGCGGCCCGCAGCAGCGAGCUGGAGGUGCGCUGCCGGGGCCCGGAGGGCGCGCGCCAGCAGUGCGCCUACCGCGGGGAGCCAGAGCGCUGCGCCGCCUACGCCGCCCGGCCGGCGCACUACUGGAAGCAGGUGCUCGGCGCGCUGCGCAGGAAACGGCGGCCGUGCCUAGACCCCGCGCCGCUCCAGGCACGCCUGUGCGCGGGCAAGCAGGGCCGUGGCGCAGAGCUGCGUUUGGUGCCCCACUGGUCUCCACCUACCGCCGCGGGCUUCCCGGGGGAGCUCAAACCCCGGGCGGGGAGCCGUGGACUGGCCCGGAGUCUCGCGCCCCGCCUGGCCGCUUGGGUCCCACAUCCUCGACCCAGCGCCAAGCUCCCCGGGGAGACGCAGGCUGGGAGCAAGAGGAAAGUGGCCUCCGCGGACAAGGACGAGGAGCGACCCCCGGGGACUGGGCCCGACCGGGACGGACUGGACGACAACGCAAAACUCACCGAAAACUACUGCACUGAGAAGUGGCACUCUCUCUGCAACUUCUUUGUCAAUUUUUGGAAUGGCUGAAGCUGAGGGCCAGAACUAAAAAAUAAAAAAAAAUUUUAAAAAGUGGGAGGGAGGAAGGGAAGCAGGAAAAGCUGAGGGUCUCUUAGGUCAAGAUAUUUGGGGGUAGCGAGUGGGGAGUCCAGGUUCUAGAAUGGGUGGGUGUCAGAUGGGGGUGCUUGGGGUGAGAGUGUAAUUCCUCAGGCAACAGAGAGGUUGAACAGUUUGAAGAGACCUGACCCUAAUUGAAUGCAAAAGUAGUGGGAAUAAAAGCUGGCAUACCUUAAGUGUGCAAAAGUUGUAGACUGAGGAGAGACUCAGAAGAAGAUGAUAGGAUAUGGGGAUUGAAUGAUGGAGUGUCAUGUACAUGAGAUGCAAUGUACACCGUUGGAAAUGUUUAUAUUUAAAUAUAAUUGCAAAUAGGGUUAA